AUGAACUCAAAGACCCAAGGAAUCAGUAUUGCAAUCGAUCGGGGCGGAACCUUUACAGACUGCGUGGGCAAUCCAGGAACAGGAUGCCUUGAAGAUGAUAUUGUGAUCAAAUUGCUUUCUGAGGAUCCGGCCAACUACGAAGAUGCACCUUUGGAGGGUAUCCGACGUAUCCUUUCCAGAUUCACAGACCGUGACAUCCCCCGCGGAGAGCCUAUAGAUACUUCUUUGAUCCAAAGUAUCCGGAUGGGCACAACUGUGGCAACCAACGCGUUGCUGGAACGAAAAGGAGAGAAGAUUGCACUUGUGGUCACUAAGGGUUUCAAGGACUGUCUUUUGAUUGGGAAUCAGUCCCGCCCUAAAAUCUUCGACCUAGCCAUCAAACGUCCCGAUGUGCUAUAUGGGGAAGUGAUUGAAGUGGAUGAAAGGGUCACUUUGGAGGACUACGCAGAAGAUCCACAACGGAAUACCACUGCCACUGUCCCCCGGGAGCAGACUGCUCCAGAGGCUGACGUCGUUCGUGGCCUUUCUUCUGAAGCAAUUCGUAUCCUAAAACGCCCAUCCGAGAGCUCCGUGAGGUCACAGCUACAGAAGGUAUACGACAGUGGAAUCCGAAGCAUAGCCGUAUGUUUUGUUCAUGGAUACACAUUUCCAGAUCACGAGGCACUGGUGGGAAGAGUCGCCAGCGAAAUCGGCUUUCAACAUGUCAGUUUGAGUCACCAGCUCAUGCCUAUGAUUAAACUCGUGCCACGUACUACUUCAGCAUGCGCAGAUGCAUACCUGACCCCGGUUAUCAAGAAGUAUAUUUCGGGGUUCCAAGCUGGAUUCGAGGGUGGACUAGGCAGUGAAAGUGUCAAACAAGAAGCAGGCACCAAAGGCGCACGCUGUGAAUUCAUGCAAUCGGACGGGGGCUUAGUGGAUGUGGACCAGUUUUCAGGCUUACGAGCAAUUCUUUCUGGCCCUGCUGGUGGAGUGGUUGGCUAUGCGUUGACUUCGUAUGAUCCUCUGUCGAAGAUCCCAGUGAUCGGCUUCGAUAUGGGAGGGACAAGCACCGACGUCAGCAGGUAUGGGUCUGGCCGAUAUGAACACGUGUUUGAGACAACGACUGCUGGUGUGACUAUUCAGUCUCCUCAAUUGGACAUCAACACUGUGGCUGCAGGCGGUGGCUCAAGGUUAUUCUACCGCAAUGGACUAUUUGUCGUGGGACCUGAGUCCGCCGGUGCUCAUCCAGGGCCCGCGUGCUAUCGCAAAGAUGGCCCUUUGACGGUCACUGAUGCCAACCUCUUUCUUGGGCGAUUGGUUCCCGACUUUUUUCCAAGUAUAUUUGGUCCCAAGGAAGACCAGGGAUUGGAUGAGGAUGCAAGCCGGCGCCUCUUUGAAAAACUCGCCAAGGAUAUCAACGAAGAAUUGACCAAGGGAGGCCAAAGCAGAGACAUGACUCCCGACGAGGUUGCAUUUGGAUUCAUCAAAGUCGCCAAUGAGACAAUGACCCGACCAAUUCGGUCCUUGACUGAGGCCAAGGGACACGAUACUUCAAAACAUAGGCUGGCCACCUUCGGAGGAGCUGGGGGACAGCAUGCCGUUGCUAUCGCUGAAAGCCUAGGGAUUCGGCAGAUUUUGAUCCAUCGGCACUCAUCGGUGCUUUCGGCAUACGGAAUGGCUUUGGCAGAUGUCGUUGAUGAAAAUCAAGAACCAGAAUCCAAGGUGUGGGGGAAUGAGAUUCGACACGAACUUGAGUUGAGAAUACAAGAGCUCAAAAAGCGAUCUGCACACAGGUUGGAAAACCAGGGCUUUGAUGAACAUUCGAUUGUAUUUGAAGAAUAUCUCAACAUGCGAUAUCGAGGCACCGAAUCCGCUUUGAUGAUACUGAAACCCAGCAAGGAAGAGGCAUUUUCUGACGAAUGGGCGUUUGGUGAGGCAUUCGUGAGGCAACAUGAUCAAGAGUUUGGCUUUACUCUUCCAGGUCGAGAUAUUAUUGUGGACGACGUGCGGGUGCGAGGUAUCGGGAAAGGCUUCAAAGCAUCCGAGAAGACUGUGGACCAGCAGAUCGAAGAAUCCAGUCCAAAGGAUGUCUCAAGUGGGGAGUAUCGCAAGUCCCUGGUGUAUUUUGAGGGUGGUAGGCUUGAAACCCCCAUCUAUGAACUUGAUGGCUUAGAAGUCGGUGAUCGGGUGAGAGGCCCAGCAAUUCUGGCCGAUGGCACCCAGACUAUCGUAGUGACACCUGGAGCCUCGGCGCUCUUGACGAAGACUCACGUUGUUAUCAACAUCGGCGAAUCUGAUUACAGCAAUCCCAAGACGAGCACCGAGGAAGUCAAUCCGAUACUUCUGAGUGUUUUCUCGCACAGGUUCAUGGCCAUUGCAGAGCAAAUGGGACGAGCAUUGCAGAAGACAAGCGUCAGCACCAAUGUCAAGGAGAGACUGGACUAUUCUUGCGCAUUGUUCGAUGCAGAAGGCGGACUUGUCGCGAAUGCACCACAUCUGCCCGUCCAUCUCGGAAGCAUGUCGACCUGUGUACGAAUGCAGGCCCAGAUCUGGCAGGAUAACCUGAAGCCUGGCGACGUUAUUGUGUCGAAUCACCCUGAAUAUGGUGGAACCCAUCUUCCAGAUAUCACCGUUAUUCAACCAGCAUUUAGCCAGGGAAAGAUCAUCUUUUAUGUUGCUUCCAGGGCACAUCAUGCGGAUAUUGGGGGGAUCCUCCCAGGCUCCAUGCCGCCUCAUUCAAAGGAGCUAUAUCAAGAGGGCGCAACCAUCAAGAGUGAAAAGCUGGUAUCAGAAGGCAAGUUCAACGAGGAACGGAUCACAGAAUUGCUGUACACAAAGCCAGCUCAAUACCCCAACUGCAGUGGAACUCGUUGUCUGGCAGAUAACCUGAACGACCUCAAGGCUCAAAUCGCUGCGAACAAGAAAGGCAUCAACUUGAUUGGCGCUUUAAUUGAGGAAUACGGCGAGGACGUUGUGCAAUUCUAUAUGCAUCAAAUCCAGGAGAACGCAGAACUCAGCGUUCGUAAUUUGCUGAAAGAAGCCAGCAAAAGAUUUGCUGGACAAGACUUGAGUGCCAUUGAUUAUAUGGAUGACGGAAGCCCGAUUCAGUUAAAGAUCUCUAUAGACGCGGGCAAGGGCGAGGCCAUUUUUGAUUUUGAGGGAACAGGACCACAAGUUUAUGGCAAUGUUAAUGCACCGGAGGCUGUCACAUAUUCCGCAAUAAUCUAUUGCUUGCGAUGCCUGAUUUCUGCAGACAUCCCGCUGAACCAAGGCUGCUUGAAGCCGAUUGACGUACGAAUACCCCCGGGAAGUAUUUUGUCCCCCUCGGAAACUGCAGCCGUCGUUGGUGGCAACGUACUAACGAGUCAACGGGUGACGGACGUCAUUUUAAGAUGCUUCAAAGCUUGUGCUGCCUCGCAGGGUGAUACCAACAACCUCACGUUCGGUUUUGGGGGAAAUCAGCUUGGCGAGACUGAAAUGAAGGGAUUUGGCUAUUAUGAGACCAUCGCAGGUGGUAGCGGAGCUGGCCCGACAUGGGAGGGCACCUCGGGGGUUCAUACACACAUGACCAACACCCGAAUCACUGAUGCGGAAGUAUUUGAGCGGCGAUAUCCAGUCAUACUUCGAGAGUUUUGCUGCAGACCAAACUCAGGAGGCAAUGGUCAGCACCGCGGAGGAGAUGGUGUCGUGCGAGAUAUUGAAUUUCGGAUUCCCGUGCAGGUCUCCAUUCUUUCCGAGCGGAGAGUCUAUCAUCCCUAUGGACUAGAGGGGGGAGAGGACGCGGAGUGUGGUCAAAACCUCUGGGUUCGUCCAGUGCAGAGAACAGAUGGAAGCUGGGACGAAACAUAUAUCAACCUGGGUGCCAAAAACUCCGCUCAGAUGCAAGCAGGGGAGCGAAUUAUUGUUCGCACCCCUGGGGGAGGAGGAUGGGGUCUACCCAGUAAUAAAAGCCAAAUCCUUCGGCAGGAAGAUGCUCGUCAUGCUUGGCGAGGUGGUUCUAUCGCCAACCGUGUGGCGACGGAGGAGGCGAGUAUCUAG